AUGAAUCAAAAUCCAAGGUCUCUAGCAAUUGGAGUGUGGAUCAUUAUUUGGAUAAAGAUAAUAGGUGUACAGUCAUCGUUGGUAGCAUCAGUGAAUCCAACCGAUUGUCACAUCGGCGACCGUCUGGCAGUCUACAAGGUAGUUUUGCAUACCUACUGGACACGAGAGCUCUUCCCCAAGCACUUCCCAGACUGGCGACCGCCGGCGCAGUGGACGAAAACAGUCGGGCGAACACACACAUCGCAUUGGCGUCUCUUUCGCGAAGGUGAACUUGCGUCCGCAGGUGUGAAACAGUUUGUGGAGACAGGUCGUAGUGACCUACUUACAGAUAGCCUAGAUGAGAGAAUUUUGGACGCCUUCACGCUACCUGGAAUUACAAGUGGGAAUGGUCGCUCCCAAGGAAAGUUCUUCGUUGAUGGCAAUCAUAGUAUUGUAUCUUUAAUUACUCGAAUGGUGCCAUCUCCAGAUUGGUUUAUUGGCUUGGAUUCAUUUUCAUUGUGCUCUGGAGACACAUGGAUUGAUAGUGUCACAGUGGAAAUGAACCCAAUGGAUGCUGGAACGGAUAAUGGAUUCACAUUUACUGCCCCGAAUUGGCCGACGGAGCCACAGGGUGAGAUUUAUCGUAUAACAGCUCGAUAUCCUGCCCACCCAGCUGGAAGCUUUUUCUACCCGCAGAGUUCUCGACUCCCUCCAAUUGGGACAAUUCAAUUUAUUAAAUUGAAAGAGUAUGAACUUAGUGAAGUCUUCAAUCAUGAAGAAGAUGAUCAUAAUUACGAAAUAUUAGCGGUGACAAAGACACACUUGAAAUCAGAGAAAAAUCAUGUUGAAAUGAAUAAUGAGCUCUCAGCUAACAUUGAACGGGAACGACAAUAUGAAGUUUCACCAUUGCCCAAUGUUCUCAGCGAACACGAUCGUAUUCGUGCGAAAUUAUUAGCGAAACUUAAUCCAAAGUAA